CCGACGCGCUCAGCCACUCGAUCCAUCCACCUGGACUGCUUUGAGGGCCUCGAGCCGCACGCCUGUCGUCUCGCCCACGCCUCAGCUCGCCAGCUCUUCAACCCCACCUUGUCGCCCUCGUCAGCAAACGCCGUCCUCGUUCGCCCCGCCGUCAUGGCACCCAAGUUCAUGUCGACCCGGCAGGUCAUUGCCACAGCUAAAGCCUCACUCGCCUAUACUCUCGCCUUCAUCCUCAUCUUCAUCCACUCGUUCUCGCGCCUCAACCCCUACCCGGUCACGCUCUCUGGCGUUAUCCUCAUCUGCAUUGCUGGGCAACCGGGUCUAGCGGUCGGCGCAUGCUGGUACCAGGCCUUGUUCGCCGCCAUCGGUGUCGGUCUCGGCGGCGGAGCGUUCGCCAUCCUCGCCAAACUCGGUGGCUCAAGAGUUGCACAAGGCUUUGUGCUCGCCAUCUUUGUCUAUCUCGCCGCCCUCGUCAAGGCGCAGAGCCUGCGCUACUUCGGCAUGAGCCUCCUCUUCAUCAUUCUCGCGUUCAGCGGCGCCUACACUUCGGUUCUUUCGGGCGGCAGAUUCGUGCCCGAGUACCUCGAGGCAUACCUGGCCGCCUACUGCUGGGGCUUCGCCAUCGUCCUCGUCCUUCUCGUUCUUCCUCAUUCCGCCGAGAAGGAGCUUCGCGAGAUCCUCGUCAUCUCGCUCGAGCACAUCUCGACCUUCUCGCACCUGAUCGGCAAGACGUACCUCGUCGAGCUCACCGACGAGGAGCGCGUCGCCCGAGACGAGCUCAACCAGAGCAUCCGGUCCGACAUGGGCGUCCUCGGCCAGCGCUACGCCCAGGCCGGCAUCGAGAUCAACUACACGCGGUGGACGAUGCACGAUUACGGGUUCAUGGUCGCCAAGGUUCGGGCCAUGCAGCACGGCCUCAUCACGUCCUACUCGUCGCUCGUCUCGAUGGAGAAGUUCGACCCGGCCGCGCUCGAGAUCGUCAAGCAGGAGCUCCAGGACACACACGCCUCCAAGGCCUUCUCCAAGCUUCGUCGCAGCGCCGACCUGGCCUUCUCCGACAUCGUCAGCGAACUCGCCGUGGGCAAGGCCGACGGCAAGGUCGUCUACCACUCGCCCGCGCCCGGCGAGCGCCACUGGGAGGACUUCCACGAGGUGCCCGAGACGCCUGACCUCGAGUCGGGCACCGGCCGAGGGCGCCGCUUCUCGUUGUCAGUCCCCAACCCGUCGUCGAAGGAGGAGUCGGACGCGCUCCAGCAGCGCAUCGCGGCCCGCCUGCGCAAGGAGGUCAUGACGGCCGGCUCGACGCCGACGACGAGCCGCAGGCCGAGCAUGAGCACGGCGCCGGACACGCUCGUCGAGGGCGACGUCGCCUCGGCAGCUUCGGCUGCGCUCGCCGGGCACAAGGACGGCAAGAAGGACGGCAAGGUCGUCGACAAGGUCGCCUUUCUGCGCGGUGCAUGGCGUUCGUUCGAGGACUCGCAGUUGUCCGGUAUCGGGCGCAUGCUCGCGACGGGCGUCCCCGAGGAGGACGAGCUCCGCCUGUCUCGUCCCGGCCCGUCGAUGGCCGAGCAGUACGCCAACCCGCCGCAGCGCAUCAACUUCAAGCCGCAGGCGACGUCGACGGCGACGCACACGCAGGCGACGCCUGAUCUCGCCAAGCGCCCAACCAAGGGGACCGACUCAUCGAGCGAGGAUGAGAAGGUGCCCGAGUCGUCCACCAGCCCGUCUCGCCCGACCGACACGGUCCGCACCGCCGAGAUGAUCUGUGCUUCGGCCGUCAUGCGCUCGUUCGCCUUCCUCGCCGGUAUGGGCGCCGUCGGCGGCGAACUUGCCACGCUCUACGAGUACAUCGUGCCUCAGCCUGGUACCACGCCCCGCAAGAAGGCCAUCCGCUUCCACCUGUUCGAGUCGAAGCGCUCGCCCAAGCCGGCCAAGGACGCGUCGUCCAAGAUGUCGGUUCGCGAGGCGCUCGCUCGCCUUUCGGGUCGCGACUUUGUGGCGCCCAAGAAGAGCAUCUGGACUCGCAUUGCCGAGCUCGAGCGUCUCGCCCGUACGCCCGACUCGAUCUAUGCCGCUAAAACAGCUGCGGCCGUGUCCGUCUACGCCGUCUUCCUUCUCGCGCCGUCGCUUCAGAGCUACUUUGUCGACUACGGCUUGACGUCGGGCAUCAUCACCAUCGUCGUCGCCUUGGCGCCGACCCUGGGCCAAUCUCUUUUGACCUUCGUCAUCCAGAUCCUCGGCACCGGCUUUGGCUCUCUCCUCGGCCUCCUCAUCUUGCGCAUCUUCCUCGACGUCGGCGGCUACAAGUUCAACCCGUACGGCAUGGUGUGUCUGCUCGCUGUCGCCUCGUUCCCGCUAUCGGCCAUCAUCUACACGCGGCCUCAGUUCUUCGCCGGUGCACUCCUCGCGCUGAACGGCGCCGGCGUCCUGAUCGUCACCGAGUGGACGUACAACGAGGUGCCUGGCCAGAUCCGCCCCGGCUUCGACUCGCCCGCCUACCGCUGCGCGAAGCAAUUCGUCGCCAUGUGCAUGGCCCUGUCCAUCGCCGCCGUCUUCCAGAUCCUCAUCCUGCGUCAGCCGGCGCGCCAGACCCUGCGUCAGAAGCUCGCCCGCAUCAGCUGGCAGCUGAAUGGCCUCGGCGUCCUCCUGUCGUACCUCACCGAGGCCGUCAUGCCCAUGGUUCAGGACUCGACCGACUGCGCGCCGCCGGACUGGGACGUCGUCAGAGUCGUGCAGAAGGAGCUCAUCGGCCGCGAGGUCGAGAUCCAGGGCGAGCUACUCGGUCUCAUGCCCAUCAUGAAGUUCGCCUCAGUCGAGCCGACUUUCGGUCAGCCGUUCAAGGCGCCUGUUAUCGCCCGCAUCAUCCGGUCGCACCAGUUGAUCCUCGACCGCCUGCGCGAGGCGCGCACGGCCCUCGGCGAGGAGGGCUUCUCGCCCGAGAUUCGCAAGAACUUUUCCGACGUCCUCGUCCCGUACCGCAAGCAGGCCAAGCGUGUCACGCGAGCCCUCUCGUACUUUGUCGCCACCUCGCUCUCGACCAAGCAGCCGCUGCCUCCCGACCUUCCCUCAAUGAUCGGCGUCUCGAGGAUGUUGCAGCACGACGCGAUGGUGCUCAGCAGGAGGCUCACGAGGACUGAGGAGGGUCGCCGCAUCCUCGCCUCGUCGGUCUACCUCCGGUACUGGUUCUUCAUCUCGUCGAUGGCGUCCGUGUCGUAUAUCCUCGAGGGCAUGGAGAGCGACUUGCGCGAGCUGUUCGGCGACCAGAUCUUCUCGGCGCGCUCCUUGUACCCGUAGCAGGCCCUGUAUCUUUCGCGUUCCCUCUCUUUCUCU